AGGUCCCGCCCUGGAGCAGACUUCCUGGUCUGCAGACAUCCCGGGUGAGCAACAGCAGCAGAGGACCCCAGAGCCAUGGGGCGCACUCGCGACGCCAUCCUGGACGCGCUGGAGAACCUGACUGCAGACGAGUUCAAGAAGUUCAAGCUGAAGCUACUUUCAGUGCCGCUGCGCGAAGGCUAUGGGCGCAUCCCGCGGGGGACACUGAUGUCCAUGGACGCCAUGGACCUCACAGACAAGCUCGUCUCUUUCUAUCUGGAAGAGUACAGCGCAGAGCUCACCGCGGUCGUGCUGCGUGAGAUUGGCAUGCAAGAGACAGCGGAGCAGCUGCAGGAGAUGACGCGCAAAGGUCCCACUCCAGGGCCUGGUGGGAUCCAGGAUCACCAGACUGCAAUCAAGCCAGGAUUGCACUUCGUGGACCAGCACCGGGCAGCCCUCAUCACGCGUGUCACAGACGUGGAUGGGGUGCUGGACGACCUGUACGGGAAAGUCCUGUCAGAGGAGCAGUACGGGGCAGUGCGGGCAGAGUCCACCAACCCAAUGAAGAUGAGGAAGCUCCUCAGCUUUGCUCCAGCCUGGGACAAGACCUGCAAAGAUCUGCUCCUUCAGGCCCUGAAGAACACCCACCCCUACCUGGUGGUCGACCUGGAGAAAAGUUGAGGUGUCUUCCCCAACAGCAGCCCCAUAUGGAGUCCCUGGCAGUUCCAGCCAACUCACCCCAAAUCUGAAUCUUUUUUUAUACACAAUAUAUGAAAAGCCAACUUGUA